CCGGAAGUCGCACCCGUUAAGGAGGAACCAAAAUCUACCACAGCAGAUCAGCCUUUGGCACAGUGAUCCUUCACCUUUAGUUUGAAACAUCAGUGACUUCAUCAGACUUAUCUCAUCAUGGGUCUCACUUCCCUCCUCCUGCUGAGCAGUCUCGGCCUUUUCGUAAGAACUCAAGCUCAAAGCUGCUCCAGACCUGAAGGAGGAGACAACAUGGUUUUGGGGGACGAUCACAUUCUUUUACAAACUUUUCCAGAUGGGACCAAAGUUACUUUUGCCUGUGAGGUUGGCUACGAAUCUGCAGGAGGGUCUCCAUCCAUAACUUGUACUGCUGGCAGUUGGAGUCCUUUGAGGCUGACAUGCAGAAAUGCCACAUUCAGUCCAAUCAAAGAGCACUAUAACUAUGGAGAAGUUGUACAGUACACCUGUCCAAAAGAUUAUACACUCAAUGGAUCAAAAUCACUAUCGUGUUCCGCCAGUGGAGAGUUUGAUGCUCGUCCUCCCGUUUGUAUCAAUGUUCAAUGUAAGGAACCUGAAAUUGACUUUGCUGAGCAGAUUGCAGGUUCCCGAGUCCCUCAUAGACACAUGGCUUCAGUGACGUUCGCAUGUAAAUCUGGGUAUACUAUGAAAGGAUCUGGAACUCUGACAUGUGGAAUCGAUAGCCAGUGGUCACCUAGACCUUCAACAGUGAAGUGUGAGGCAAUACCCACGACUAAACCCCCGACCACCCCCACCACCACCACCACCACCCCCGCCCCCCCCACCACCACCCCACGUCCUGACACAAAGAAACCGCCAGCCCACACUACUGCAAAAACUACUCCACUGACUGUGACACUCGAUCCUGGCACUACGCCUGGCAAUGGUGGAAAUAGCCUGGCUAUAGGCUUGGGUGUUGUUUUGACAUCUCUCUUUCUUAUCGGGGCUGGAAUUGGAUUGUAUUACUAUGGAGUCCCAGGAUUCAUCAGGAAAAAACGAGGCUCUCGGAGCGGCAUUCCUGACAAUGUGGUUCCAAAAGAUGGAGAGGAUUUAGCACUUUCGUGAGCGGCACUGUCCUGUUGGUCCAGUAUUACUGGAGGUAAAAGCGGCUGGUUAAGAAGAGGAAAAUCACUGCACUUGUCGUGGAAUGUUCUUGUGCCGUCCAUAUGCGUGUGGAUCACACAAGCUUAGAAAACUCUUAUCAAAGUUAGUCUCUGAACGCCGGUCUGACAGUCAGAAACCUCAACAAAUUGAGCUCAAUCCUUAGUUCAUGCUUUAAGCAACUCAUAACUACUUUUAAAAAACUAUUCUGUAUGAUUCAAUUCAGUGAUGUCUGUGAUACCUGUCCUCUUCGUUACAACAUCACAGCAGCAUGUCUCAGUGCUGUAUUAAUGAAGAAUGAGAUUUCAUGUUUAUCAGAUAGGCAUGAAACUCCAUGUUUGAAUUUAAACUUUUGCACUAUCGCUCAGAGCACGGCUCAGCCUGACCAUUAUAGCUCUGUUACACUGACGGCUUAACACAAGCAAAAUCAGUUCAGAAUGUAUGCGUGCUUCACCUUAAAUGCAGCUGUUUGAGGUUAAACUGUUUCCUUCAUAAAUAUCCAAAAAGUAAUUGUUUCACCUGGUAUUAACAUGCUUCUUGGGUGAUUGGAUCGUAAGCACAGUUGUGGAUGCACACGGUGUGUCCUCAGUAUGCAUUAAGAUCACCUUCUCUCAGUAGUGUGUAAGUUAAUGUGGCCACACUGAAGGACUAAACUUUAUGUUGCUGCUGUUACACAGGUAGAUGCAAUGCUGAAGGACCAUCUGUGGAGCCACUCUCAGCUGUCCACUCGUGAUCAGAGCAUGCAAGAUGCAUUAAUACCAGGUAGAAACAGGGCCAGAGUUUAGUGAGAUGUUUAAUAACAUAGGGGAUUUGCAUUUAACUAAUUACAUGUAUCAUAUUACACCAUAUGUGUAACUGGAAUAGUUGAUGCACUACCAAAAUCAUUUCUGUUAAAGUGAGGCUUCUAGUUAAUCAACCAGUCUGCAGUUGUGUAGAUUCAAUUUCCAUCUCUAGAAAUAACGGGAUCUACAAAAUAGUUCCUAGCAUAGUGCCUGAAGAGAAGGCAUGCUCCGUAUGCCUUAAUGCAAAUACCAAGUGUUUUAGCUUGUUGUGUGUCAGUUUUUUGGUGUUUGUCAUUUGAGGCUGAAUUGUGUGCCCAGCUUAGCUUAAUGUUUAUGCUUUGGCACGUUUUUUUGUGCCCUGAGCGUCACCAAACAAGUUCCCUUGACAAUAAAAUAAAAAAUAACUAUGUUGUUAUUAAAUUUAAAUAACUUAUUUUCCUCAAAAGUAUUUCUUUUGUUGACGUCUCUCUUCCAGAGUGUCAGUUUAAUAUUUGUUGACCCCCACUCUACUCAAAAGUAGAGUAAUACUUAAAUAGUAUGAGGGCACAGGUAAUGUGUAUGUUGUUAUGUAAAGAUCUGUAGACUUUACAUAACAUAAUGCAUAAUAACAUAAUACAUAAUGUGUAUGUUGUUAUGUAAAGAUCUGUAGACUGUGAUCUCUGAAUGUUUUGCCUUUGCCUGGCUUUUUUCUGUAUUUAUUAAAUUAAGAAAUGUGUCAAAA